CAAGAGAAAGGUGUGAAAAUGAAUGUUAUAAACACAAGAUAAAAUGACAUAAGCACAGCACAAUAUUGCCUUCCUUAAACUCAAAUCGAAUGGAACUAUCACCAGCAUAAUAGAAUUCAAACGGCAGAAACACUAGAUCUGGACAAUAAUAUAGCAAGAGAGAGGAGAAAAAAAACCUAGAGUAAUCCGAGCAGAAAUGAUGAAAACUCUCAUGGUUAUAGCGUUUAGCUUCUUCACUAAGUAAAGGGAUAUGCCAAUGAUCGUUGAAAGGUUGGAAAUAAUAAGCUAAAUGACAGCAUUCCUUCAACUUCUCUCGCAUAAUCUGAAUGCAGCUCACUUUCAUCUGCUCCUCGUUCUCUCCUCUCAUCUCAGCGUCUGUCAUCUUGCAAAUUUCUAGGGCACAGACCACAAAAAGGAAUUAGAGUCCCUUCUUUUAUAAAAUUUCCUAAACUUUUGUUGAGCGAAAACGAAAUAACUUCAAUACUGAGUUUUCUACGGAGUAGAUGUAGAUCCCUUAUCUAGAAUUAUUCACAUAAAUAAUAGUAGUGGUUUUGGUUUAUUUUUAAAAAUAGCAGUUUAUUUUUACAGUUGUAGCAUAAAGUAAUAGGAUACAAUACAAUAGGUUUCGCAAUUUACUUCAGAAAAUUGACAUUCCCGCCAAACCUAUAUAUAUUGCCCACACCACUCCACUCUGAAGCAAAUUCUCAAAUGAUUUACAGAACCAUAGCAUCCAUAGCUCAAAGAGACAGAAGCUUCUUCGUGAGCCUAAUAAACCAAGCCACCACACUCUCACAACUCAAUCAAACUCACGCCCAUUUAAUCCGCCAUAGCAUAACCACUGAUCUCAUUACAAUCACAAAACUCACUCACAAACUUUUUGACUUUAAAGCCAUUUCUAAAGCCAAGAAUGUAUUCACCACCUUUAAUAAAACUAACCCACCUGAUCUUUUUCUUUAUAAUGUCCUCAUUAGAGGCUACUCAAAAAACAAUUUGCCUUUUGAAUCUUUGUCCCUUUAUUUACAACUUAUCAAGAAUACAACACUUAAACCUGAUAAUUUUACCUUUGCUUUCAUCGUUUCGGCUUUUUCUUCAAAUGGGUAUGAAAAAGUUGGGGUUUUGAUUCAUGGGCAUUUGUUAGUUAGUGGAUUUAGUAAAGAUGUGUUUGUUGGGUCGGCAUUGGUGGAUAUGUACAUGAAUUUUUCAAGAAUUAGUUAUGCGUAUAAGGUGUUCGAUGAAAUUACUGAACGAGAUGGUGUUUUGUGGAAUACAAUGGUUUCUGGGUUGGUGAAGAACUGCUGUUUUGAGGAGAGUAUACGGGUUUUUCGUGAUAUGGUAGCAAGGGGGGCGAGGUUUGAUUCUACUACAUUGGCUGUGGUACUUGCGGCUGUUGCUGAGUUGCAGGAGUUGAGGAAUGGAAUGUCGAUACAUUGUUUGGUUGUUAAAAUGGGUUAUUAUAGUCAUGAGUAUGUUCUUACAGGUUUAAUUUCUUUGUAUUCGAAGUGUGGUGAUGUUUCCGCGGCUAGUAUGUUGUUUAGGAUGAUAAGAGAGCCGGAUUUGAUCUCGUGUAAUGCGAUGAUUGCUGGUUUCUGCUUUAAUAAUGAGAAUGAAUCUUCGGUGAGGUUAUUUAGAGAAUUGCUUGUUCAGGGGGAGAAAGUUAAUUCAAGUACCAUUGUUGGUUUGAUUCCUGUUUCUUGUCCUUUUGGUCAUCUGAACCUCACAAGUUCUAUCCAUGGGUUUUGUGUGAAAUCUGGUAUGGUAUCAAAUCCUUCAGUUUCUACUGCUUUGACUACAGUUUACAGCCGACUCAAUGAAAUGGAAUUGGCGCGGAGGCUCUUUGAUGAAUCCCCACAAAAAACCUUAGCUUCAUGGAAUGCCAUGAUAUCUGGUUAUGCCCAAAAUGGGUUGACAGAAAUGGCUAUAUCGCUCUUUCGUGAAAUGCAGAAGUUGGACAUAUAUCCAAAUCCUGUCACAAUCACGAGUAUACUUUCUGCAUGUGCUCAACUUGGAACAUUAAGUAUGGGAAAAUGGGUCCAUGACUUAAUAAAGAAAGAGAAAUUUGAGUCAAACAUUUAUGUAUUAACGGCUUUAGUUGACAUGUAUGCAAAGUGUGGGAACAUUGAGGAGGCGCGGCAAGUAUUUGACAGCAUCGUGGAGAAAAAUGUGGUUACUUGGAAUGCCAUGAUUUCAGCUUAUGGUCUCCAUGGACGUGGUCGAGAAGCACUGGUGUUGUUUGAUGAAAUGCUUGAUUCUGGAGUUUCCCCAACUGGCGUCACUUUCCUUUGUGUCUUGUAUGCUUGUAGUCAUGCCGGCUUAGUAGAAGAAGGUGAGAAAUUAUUCCACUCUAUGAUUCAUGAUCAUGGCAUUGAGCCUUUAUCUGAACAUUAUGCCUGCAUGGUGGACCUUUUGGGCCGAGCUGGAAAACUAGAAAAUGCAUUGGAAUUUAUUUAUAGGAUGCCUCUUGAGCCAGGUGCAGCCGAGUGGGGUGCAUUACUCGGUGCAUGCAUGGUCCACAAAAAUAUAGAUUUGGCUCGCUUGGCUUCGGAUAAGUUAUUUGCAUUGGACAUGGGAAGUGUUGGAUACUAUGUUUUACUUUCAAACAUCUACUCAGCAGAUCGUAAUUAUUUUCAAGCUGCUUCAGUUAGGAAAGUUCUUAAGAACAAGAAUUUAGCAAAGACCCCUGGGUGCACUUUAAUUGAGGUUAAUGGACACCAGCAUGUCUUUACAUCCAGCGACCAGUCACAUCCUCAAGCAGUGGCUAUUUAUGCAAAGCUGGAGGAGCUGAUGGAAAAGAUGAGGGAGGCUGGAUUUCACGCUGAGACCAGCACAGCGUUGCAUGAUGUUGAAGAAGAAGAGAAGGAGAUGAUGGUCAAAGUUCAUAGUGAAAAGUUAGCUAUUGCUUUUGGGCUUUUAACAUCUGAACCUGGAACUGAAAUCAGAAUCAUCAAAAACCUAAGGGUUUGUGUGGAUUGCCAUAAUUUCACCAAGUUUGUCUCCAAGGUUACGGACAGAGUUAUUGUUGUAAGGGAUGCCAACAGGUUUCAUCACUUCAAAGAUGGGGAGUGUUCCUGUGGAGAUCAUUGGUAAAAGAACUUUUUACUGCCAAGGAUGUUUAGUCAGUUUUUUAGGAGCAAUAUGGAGGUUAAUGGAGCCAGUUUGUGUUUACCUUGUGCGUAGAUCCAAUUCUUAUAGAAACAAGGACAAGAGGAUAGCUCAAUCACUUGUGCACGUGCAAUGUCAAAGGUUCAAGUUCAUCGAUGCCAUUAUUUGCUGUUUAUUUGAAGUACGCAACACGGUUUGGCUCAUAAGAAAAGUUUAACCGAAAGGAAUCUUUUGCUUGUAAAAUACUGCAUUGAGUACAAUGCAGUUUAGCGAAGAGUGUAAUCUCUUCUUUGGUCAUGAAAACUGGUUGUUUUCAGUGGUUUACAUGAUUUUAGUUUGUCUGGGCAAAAUCAAUAAAUAUCAUCAUACGUCGCAGAUUUUAUCCUUACA